CCGUGAGCGUUCGUAAUGCGAGGACAGUCUGUGAUCACAUCAGCGAGCGCGGAGCAGUCUCACCUCUCGCUUUAAACGACACAGAGAGCGAGCGAACACGCAGGCGACAAUCGUGCGGUCGAUUUUCCUGAUUCUCGGAAAGCGAGCAAGAUCGGACGACCAGAGCGCGGAGGCUUUCUCGGCUCAUCUUUUUACGAUCGAGCCGUCAGACGGGCGCCCGUUCUAACUUCUAAACACGAGGAUACGGAACGUGCAACGAGGAUCGGCAACUUCCGAAUUUAGAUUCCGUUCUUCUCUUCACUUUUGUGGAAGAAUUCGAUACGAAUUCGUUCGAACGGAGUUGAACGAUUCGGAUGACGUGUGUUCGAUCCGAGUGAUCCAGAGUUCGGAACGAAUCAGCUGAUCGCGAUACCGUUUCAUCGGUUUAAUGGACUUUGUGGAGCUGCCUUGUGCGCGCCUCUUGCAUCGUCACGAAAGAGAAACAGAAACAGUAAUACGGACAACUGAGUAAGACGCGCGUGUGAGAGGUGUAAGUGAAAGAAAGGGGAUAUAACAUAAAAAAACGGUGAAAGAAAAACAGACUUUUCUCAGUUUGAAGUGUUGAGACAUUCUUCCAGUUGUUCCGGUAGCGCGCGGGCUUGUUUUAAUUUCGCGCGGCACCGACACCUGCUACAACUGCAACAACUGCGCGGAGGGGGGAAGGGUUUUAUCGCGGAACUUUCGUGGCGCCGCUGUGUACCGUGUGGUGUGCGCGGGGUGAGAGCUUGAAGUUUGCGAGCGUAAGGUGGGACGGAGUGCAACCGUGCGCGCGCGCGUGCGGGAUAAAGAAAGAGAGAGACAGGGAGUAAGAGAAAGACAAAAACGAAACACGAUACUCCGAGAAAGUUUACUCGCGACGUGCCGGUCGCGCUAGAGAACACCUCAUUCUCUAUAUGCGAGAGUAGGAUCGUACCACGCGCCAGAAGAAGCCGUCAGGCGGAAGCGAAGAAAGGAGACAGAAGAGGAAACGACGGGAACGGUAGGGACGAGAAAGAGAGUGCGUCACCGCGUGCAUUCGUCUAUCGUUGUCACUCUCGCGCUCCCCCCGCCUUUGUGUUCCUCGUGAUUGUCGCCGUGCCUUCGCCUAUGGCUUUUCAGAAGCAGAGAAAAACAGACGGAAUAGCGAAGGAUAGAGAGACAGGAGGACAGAGGCGGACAGGCCGAUAGAGACCGUCGAGGCAGAUAUUUCUCACUAAGGGGGAACAGAGGGGGCAUCCCGGCAAACUGAGUAUGUCCGCCAAGCGAAAGUCCACUGCCAUCAUGCAGCACCACAAGGAAAACAUCUCGACCCCGGAGCCAGCCGACAUAUCCGAGGAUGAUCACUAUCCAAUUUCGGCAGGCUCGCUUAUGAAAGACCCGGAUAAGCUGAAGUUGAUGCUGCUCGCAUGGAAUUAUAAUCUUCAGGCGCAGGCACAGGUCCAGGCACAGGCAAACGCCCUCUCGCCAAAUAACUCUUCGACUACCACAGCUACCACCGUUGGCACACCUGUCACCAGCCAAUCAGCUAUUUCCACGGCAAACAACACCAUUAACAACUCCACACUCACAGAUUCCCGAAACGGUUCUUCGGAAUUGGUGGACAUGCCAGCGGGAACCGUACCGAGUUUAGGCGCCGUGGCGGGCGUUGGCGGCGAGGACAUGGCUUCCUUGUGGGCAUCUUACACCAUGGGUUACAAGAAAACGUCCCCGCCGGCGUCGUCGGCGACGCCCUCGCGAUCGGAUCGCGAUCGGGAGUCCAGUCCGCCCGGCGGCGAGGGGACGGGAAGCGCCCACGAUGAAACCAGCAGUAGUGGCAAUAAAGAAGAUGAAGACGAUGAUGACAUGGAUGUAGACGAAGGACUAGACCCAAGACAUCACGAUCCGGAACGUCUCAAGGCGUUCAACAUGUUCGUGAGGCUGUUCGUCGACGAAAACCUCGACCGUAUCGUGCCGAUCUCGAAGCAACCCAAGGAGAAGAUACAGGCAAUCAUCGACAGUUGCACGAGACAGUUCCCUGAGUUCGCCGAAAGGGCUAGGAAAAGGAUUCGAACGUACCUGAAGAGCUGUCGGAGGAACAAACGCGGCAGAGAGGGUCCUUGGGACACCGCGAGACCCACGCCAGCACACUUGACCUCCGUGCAGGCCGAGCAGAUUCUGGCAAUCGCCUGCGAAAACGAGAGCGACAACGCGAAACGCAUGAGAGUCGGUCUAGAGCCUGUGUCGCAGCCUAUGCCAACUCUUCCGGCCGCAACGCAAACGGACGUUCGAUCAAGUUUGGAGCACUUCUCAAGCACGCCGAUUAAAUCACUUCCGGGUAAGAGAGAGGACACCCCCCCGGCAUCGCUAACGUCCCUGACACCUUCUCUUUCCUCCACGCCGCUGUCACUCGCAUCCGCGUCAAAGUUGCUCACGCCAACGGACAACAAGAGUCUCAUGAGCCAGGCGACGAUAGUCAGUUCAUCGACGGUGAAUGGUGUCGCCAGUGGCGGUGCACCGACAGCCAUGUACAGACCUAACUUUAGCCAGGCGUUCCAGCGCGCCGGGCCUACAACGGUACCGCCGACCCUCUCAGCCGGGCUCUACCCGACCCAAAGUUUCACAUCGGGCCUACUGAGCAACGGUACACAAAGACCGACGGACCUUAGCAUGAAGAACACGAAGCCACUGCUAAGUCACAAGUUGAACGCGACGGAAAUGACCGCGGUGAGGCAACUGAUAACUGGAUAUCGGGAAUCUGCCGCCUUUUUGCUCAGAUCCGCUGACGAGCUGGAGCAACUGUUGCUCCAGCAACCAUAGAGCUACAUUUAUAUGACCAGCGCUCAGCCGCUUGGCUCAUAAUCACAAUAGUUGACGGGAAAGCGAUGCGAGUAUUGAUGUACCAACAUGCUAUGGACACUGCGAGCUCUAUUUGCUCAUCGAGAGUAACGUUGGAGAUUCAACGUAGAUUCAUUGAUAGUUCUUCAAGGGCGUUUGUACUCUGUCGGCAAUGCGACUUUUCUUAUAAACUUACCCUCUGUUGCAAAGUGAUCUACUUGCGCUAAACGGAUCGAUUCGAUCUAACAAAACGAGAGUGCAAAAUUAUAUUUAAACGAUAAACUAGUUUGAUAUUAAUUAGAGAAAUUAAUCGAAAUUACUUCAUAAUGGACAAAGAGAUUUCUUUGACGAAAAGAUAAAGGUCGAGUUUGAAAUCGCGAUGCAAGGCUCAUAUUGCUAGAAAAGAAUGAUCUUUAUGCGGAUGUAUCAUAAUUUGAUUAAAAGUGCCAAAUAUAAAGUUAUACAUACAUAUAAAGUUUAUAUACAAUAUAUACAAAUACAUACAUAUAUAUGUAUAUCUAUAUGUAUAUAUUUAUAUUUUUUACGCUUUUAAUCUAAUUAUGAUGAAUUUGCAUAAAGAUCGCUCUUUUCAGCAGAAGUACAGGCUUUCAAAUGACUUAUUGUUCGGAAGCUUUCCCAACGUCUUUCUUACAUUGGUGCGUGCAUCCUAAUUCACCGUAUCAUCCUUUAAGCUUAUCAAUAAUUAAGUAAACAUUUCGUAAUUCCUCUUUCUGUAUAUUAUGUUCGAAUAGUUUCCUUAAAUCUAGAAUUAGAAAUGUAUUGUGGCGACUGCGCGUAAUGAAAUAUGCAUUUUUUAUUCAUUUUAUAUUUUUAUUAAAGAGAAAAAUAGAGUUACGUGAACCUUUCAUCGGAAUUUUAGCUACGAUUUUUGUCCUCUUAUUUCAAAAAUGGCAAAAAAUAAAUCUUAUGAUGAUCUCUCUAAAAUAUAUAUCUGUUUCAGAUCAUUUUAUAUUUUUUUCUGAAUCGAUUUCUCAAAAUUCUACGUAAUCGCAAUUCUCGAUGUAAAUAGUGCAAAGAGACAAAGAAAUAACAAAGAAAUCUUCGUUUAUUGUGAAGUAAUUCCGAAAAAGAGCGAGAGAAAGAGAUUAGUUUCUUUAAUUACAUAUAUAUAUAAAAUAAAAAA